AUAACUGAAUUUUUGGUUUACUUUGAUUUAGUUGGAUCUGUAUUUCGCUUCUCAUCUGGCUUCUGUAUACUCUCAGUUAUGGAGGAUAGUGGAUUUGAUAGUGAUACUUCAAAGUCUAAUCUAAAGCCUUUGAACUCUAAACCACAGCAUAUUCGAAUGUUUUCCAAUACAGAAACCUCAAAUAAGAGCCAUCACUGUGGAGAUUAUGAAGAAUCUCAAAAGCCUAAUGAUGAUGGAGGUGGAGCUGCAGACCUACAGAUGUUCCAUGGUUCACCACCAGCUGAAUUCAGUAUACCUGCAAGACCAGUUGAGCCUAGUGAACCCAAGAACCUGAAUUGUUCUGGGCAGACAGAAGAAAUCUCUGGUGGCGUAUCCUCAACAGCAUCUUCAACAAAGCCCCUUCCCUCAGUAGCAAAGUUACAGAAGAGAUUAGAAAAACACAUUCAGAAAGCAAGAAAAAUACGACAACAAGAACGUGAAAAUACAGUGGAUUCUCAACCUAAAAAAUUGUUGAUUUCCCGUAAUAGGUUGCCUGUGCCAAACAAAUCUAGUAGCACUCCAGUAGUAACAAAAGCAGAUGAACAGCCAUUAGUUUCUUGGGAAACUGACAGUGAAGAAGAAUAUGAAUUUCAUACAACCUCAAAGUCUGCCUCUAGGGAAAUCACUCAGCAGCUCAUUCAAGAUGGAUACAAUCUUGACCUAACACCUGAUGAUGAAGACCUAGACUUGAUUCCUCCAAAACCUUUAAACCAACGGUGUGUUUGUUGUGGGAUGACUUAUUCUUGUGUUGUUCAGUAAAUCAAGCAAAUGCCUGAUGCUGUCUUCCAGAAAAGCAUACCCUUAUGAAGGUUGUUUACCAGCUUGUGCAUUUAGUAUUAUGCGUGUUGAAAAUUCUCAGUAUUCUGAAAUAAGUUUAUUCCAGAUAUUAGUGUUAAUAUAUCUAAUGAAUAUUUAAUUUUCAUUUCUUUAAGUAUCAAAUGUUACUCUCAAGUAAUUUUUUGUACAAAUUAUUUUACUAAGUGGUUAUUUCAAGAAAGAAGCACAGUUUUUGUAUGACUUAUUUCCUUAAAGUUAUUCAACUGAUUUUCUUUACGUUGUAUAUUAUGUAUUUGAGUACACAAAUAUGUACAUACUUAGUAUGUGUAUGUUAGAGAACAUAUUUGAUCUAAUGAAAUACCAUUCCAGAACUAAGAUCUUUUUAACAUUACAUGGAAAGUAAGUUGUGUGUGUGAUGUUUUUUGUUUACUACAUGUGGAAAUGAUAAAUUAUAAGAAAUCAUGUCAAAGUAUGUUAUUGGUGCUUGAUAAUGAUACUAAAGAGCACCUAAUUGAUGCCUUUUUACUAACAUUACAUAGUACUAAGAUAUGAAAAAUAUUUUACAAAUAACAUUGGAAUAUACUGAAUAAAACAAUAGAUAUAUCUGCUAUUUCCGAUACAGUACGUUACUUCUUGUAACAGAUAUGGCUAGUCUCUUUAAGUCCUGCUCUCUACAUGCAAAAAAUUUUUUGCAUGCCUUAAGCCUUGAGCUCCAAUGUACCCCACGAUUAGUGGGGUUCAACUGCAUCUCACAUGUAAAUCAUUAUGCAACAACCCUCCACCACUAGGAGUGUGAUACAUCCUCUUGACACGUGACUCUCUAUAUUUGAAUGUACUGAACUAUCGUUUCUCAUUUGGCAGUGCUUGCAUCAAGAUGUUUUUCAUUGUGCUCUACAAACGUUUUUUUUUUAAUUUAGUGAAUUUUUUUUUUCAAUGUUGAUUGAACUGUUUUGUAAUUUAUUCUGAAGUGGAAUUGUUAUUCUCCUUUUUCAAAUGUUUGCGAACAUAAGAAUAACUUACUUUUUUUUUAGUUUUUUAUUUGUUCUAACAUUGUUGUGCUUGGUUAUUCAUUUUUAAUAAUGAAGUCCAAGUUACCACUAUGGAGGUAAUACUAUCCACCAGCAUGCUUACACAGACUGCAGGUGGAGGGAACUUGACUAUGGAAUUAUCAGCUCUCAUUCAAAGAGAGAUUGAUUGUUAUAUAAGUCAACCAUCUCAUGAUGUUGCCCAUUUUCCUCCUGAACAUGCUGAAUCUGUUCGGAAGGAUGAGAAAUUUGACAGAGUUUUCCUCCACCUAAUUUUGCUGUGUCUUCCUGUGCCCCUACUGCAGAAACAGCUAGGCCUAAUAUGGAUUUUUUUGGACAUGACUUCUCAGGUGGGUUCUGUUUCAUCACUUUCCUUGAUUUUUUAUAAUCUUCUACCUUCCUUGUUGCAUGAUAUCGAUCCUUUUAGUAUUUUGUGUUUCCUCCUUCCCCAGAUAUUAGGGUUCAUGCAGAGCAUUUUGUAUCUGAGAUGCAUGAGGAUGCUCGUAUGCCUUGCCCUGCACGGGCUUUGAAUCAGUUUGCUUGAGCCUAUCAUCAGGCUGCAUUUCCAUCUUUUGAUUCUCAAUAGCUGGUAUCACAUUUGCUCAUGUGGGAAGCUAACCCUGAUCAUCCUGUUUGUUUAUCCCAUACCCAGUUUUCUUGCCUUUGUCUUAUCCUAUUGACUCUUCUAUGGUACUUCUCUUCCAUCAACCUCCUUUUCGAGGUGCUGUACUGAGAUCCUGAGGGUUUAGUGAAGGAUACUUUCUCCCUCAGUACCUCCACAUUGGCACGUUUGUCUUCUUUGGCCCUUUCUUUUCACAUGUGGCUUCUCUGUUGUUGGGAUCGUCUGGAGAGAGAUGCUGUAUUGUUCCAAGUUCAUUUACCAUCUACUUAUCUUUGGGACUUAUAUAUGGUCCCCUUUCUCCAAUGGUUUGUUUUCAGGGAUAUUCCUGAGACUAGAAUCCAAUGUGGAAUCUGUGAGACAGAAAUCGACCCUUUCAUUUUUGGUUGAUUGUUUGUCUCAUUCUGAGCCUAGACAAUCCCCUAUUACUGUUUUCUAUCCCAUUCCUUCCCAGCCGUUACCAGUUCCUCCACUUGACGUAUUAUUCGACGAAGAUGGACACAUCACCAACAGUACCAGUGACUAUCCCGUGGGUUUUGGUCCAAUUGGGGUUUGCUUGUUCAUCUAUGGUGCAAUUUCACCACAGAUCUUUGGGUUAUUUAAGUAUUAACCGAGGGACUUGUCAUCCACUUCCUUUUCCCUCCUCCUAUAUCUCGGGUACCCAUAUCCUUUCCGUUGCCUUGGGAUCCUACCACUGGUCAAUGUCUGUCCGAGGCAGUAGAGAAUCUUCUCUCCCAGAAAGCCAUUGAACCUGUACUUCAUUUUUAUCCAGGUUUUUAUUCCAAGCUGCUUGUGGUACUGAAGAAAACUGGGGGACUGGUGGUCUGUGAUUGAUCUGUCCUGCCUCAAUCAAGUUUUGGUUUUGCCUCACUUUACCAUAGAGUCUUUUCUCACCCUCAUGUGGGCUUUUUGUCCAGGUCUAUAGAUAACCAAGAUAUGUGUCUCGAAUGUUUAUUUGCAUAUUCCUAUAUAUUGUCAGUUGAGGUGCUAUAUGUGCUUGCUUCAGUCCUGUAUGUCUUUUGUUGAGUUGUCAAGGCAUUUACCCAACAUAUGCAUGCUCGGGGGUUGCACAUACACCAUCACAUGGAAGAAUGGCUUCUGUUAACUCAUUCCAAAUUGGAGGUUGCCAAUCUCACUCAUCUGCUUCUUUUGGAGGCAGCUUGUGUGGGUUGGUUAAUCAAGUUAAUCAAUAUUUUGUCCACUUGGACGUCUUUUUUAACACUCAUCUAAGUCAGGUCCAACCUUCUCCACUUCGACUCCAUUCAAUGUAGCUUUCAGUUCUUCACGCUCUUCCUACACUCUGUCCUCACGCCUGGUUUUUUCCCGUACUUGGUGAGGAGAUCCAGAUUAUCACAGUGAGUUGGUUCAUUUUUAGCAUGUUCCAUUCAUCCCUCCUCUAUGGACGUUUAUCAACAUAAAUGGAACCUUUUUUAAACUAUUGGCAUUUCAGUCAGGGAUUUUCGCCUGCUUGACCCACUCACUUUUCCUCACUUGGCUGUUUGAACAGGGGACUUUUGUCUCCUCGGUCACGGGUUACUGGGCUGCCUUAUUCCACACUUUUCAUUUUUCUCUGUACUGUAAAUUUUUAUGUCUCCUACCCUCUCACUAUCGUUGCAUUCCUUCUGGAUUAGUAGACCUCUUGCGCACUGUCCAGAUUGGGAUGUCAAAACGGUUCUUCACUGCAUUAUUUUACUUCCAUUUGAACCUCUGCCCUUGUGUUUGAUUUUUCACUUAUCCCUUAAAACAUAUUUCCUUCUUCUCUUGGCUUGUGGAUGUCAUUGGUUGGAUUUAUUUACCAUCAAUGUUGCAUGUACCCUGUAUCAUUCUACAUAUGUUCUCCUUUAUCUGGAUCAAUCUUUUCUUCCCAAAAUUUUGGCAGCUUGUUAAGGAAAUUCCUUCCAUUUCUCACCUAUAUUCCCAAACUGAUCUGGAUAGACUGCUAUGCCCCAUACAUACUCUUUGUUGUUAUAUUGCCUGCACGGCUCCCGUCCAUGGUACCCAUUCCCACCUCUUUAUCCCGUGGCAACUAUCCUCUGUUCGUGACCUUUCUCUUUCCACCUUUACCAAUUGGGUUUGGCUUUUAAUUCAAUUAGCUUAUUCUUCCUUGUCUCCUUCUUCCUGUAAUUUGUUUCAGGUGUCUUCUCACCAGAUUAGGCACCUUACUUUUUCCCUGGCAUCUCAUCUCUGUUGUUCACCUAUUCAAUGUGGGAUUCUAGCUAUAUCUGUGAAAAAAGGUAAUGCACCAUAUCAGAAGUUAUAAUUUUCCUAUACUGAAAAUGUAUUUCUGAUAGGUACUUACCUCCUCUCACCCU